UCUAAUCAACUUCAAUCAAACGGGUGGCAAGACCUUGGGUUUUGCUCCCAAGUUUCAAGCAUUACCCAACUCCAACCCAUUCUAAACUAAACCAAUAUGGGUAUUCGUUUUCCAUCAAUGAUACUUUCUCAAGCCAAGAAAAUUCUGAAGUUACAACCAUCACAAACUGGGAACCAGUCCGAUGUACCGAAAGGUCAUUUAGCAGUUUAUGUGGGAGAGAUUCAAAAGAAGAGAUUCAUUGUUCCAAUUUCAUAUUUGAAUCAUCCAUCAUUCCAAGCCUUAUUGCUCAGGACAGAAGAAGAAUUUGGAUUCAAUCAUCCUAUGGGAGGUUUGACAAUCCCUUGCAAAGAAGAAACAUUUAUUGAUCUUACUUCGCGGCUAAAUUACUCAUGAACAAGAUAAAGAAGGCUUGGAUUUUAUUUUAUUUUAUUUCCUACACUCUUUUUGUUCUAGUAAACUUAUAAAAG